AAGUGUAAGAAGCGUGAAAACCGCCAGUUCCUGUCUUAGAUAUAAUCCCCGGAAUUGUUGGCCUAUGAGCGCUACGUUGGAGGACAGAACUUUAAAAAGUUAUCAGUGUGAUGUUCCUAAGCUCAAAGAAGUAAUUGAUGUACUUCGACCUAUCCAACCAAGAUGGUAUGAGCUGUUUCUAUACCUGGGAUUAAAACGUGAUACAUUAGAAAAGCUUUGUAUCGAACACCCCUGUGACGACCACUCAUCACUAAUUGAAGCAAUUAUAAACUGGCUACAAAGAGACGACCCCCUCCCUUCAUGGGAAGAGCUCCUGGAAGUUAUUCAGAAUGUUGUUAUGGAAGGAGAUGUUGCUAUUGAGAUUAAGAAGAAAUUAUGCUAUGAAUCAAAGAGCAGUACUGAAGAAAAUAAUGAAGAUGACUUUCACCAAAACAUUAAUCAUGAAGGAAUUGUCUUUACAAAAUUGCUGUCUGCCAUUGCUGAAAAGUUGGGGUCAAGCUGUUUCCCCGAACUGCAGCACUUUCUCCUUAAUCUUAAAUGCCCAGAUGGUUCUGCAUUCAUAAAGUCAGACUACCUGUAUCAUCAUAAAACUGUGAACGGUCUUUUGAGCUCACUUGUAACUGCUAAUUUAUGCACUGCUAGAGACGUGGAUGUUCUCAUUCAUUCCCUAAGUGGGUUAAAACGAGGAGAUUUGCUCACCCUGAUAUCAGCUUAUGUGCCACAAAUUACAGUUGGGAAUCCACGUUGUGCCUUAACAAUGAGGGAAGGAAGUGUGGUGUUGAAGCUUUCAUUACCUGAUGCACUGAAAAAGAUUGAUCUAGGGAUGGUAUCAGCUAUCAAGCUUGACCUCUGUACGAUCUGCAGCCUAAAGGAGCAACCAUUUCUUUUGCAGUACAUUGGUUGGAAAACCUCUCCAGUGACUUUGUUUUUUCAGUUUCCUAUUGCAUGCAUGCUGUUGGUCGAGAAAGGACUACAGAGUGGUUCUCUUCAUAAAUUAAGUGAAAAUGGAAUUCACUGCAUUACAAUUUGCUUUAACAAUACUGUUGUGUAUUAUCCUUUUUAGUCUUGAAUAACUAGAGAGAGUUC